AUGGCUGCCACCAAGCCCCGUCGACGGCGGGACAAGCCACAGUUCUCCUGCAACACGUGUCGACAACGCAGGACUCGGUGUGAUCGCCUACAGCCGUGUUCCAACUGCGCGUCGCGUGGCCAGCCGUGCGUGUAUGUAAGGACAAAGCCGUCACGAGACGGAACGCCUGGAGUCCACGAUCGUGUAGUCCAAUUGGAGCGUCUAGUUAAGUCUCUCAUGCCGGACGCCAAUCAAAAAACGACCCAUCUGCCCACGCCUGAAUCUAGUGAUAAUAAUGUACGGCAGGAGCCCGGCAGUGUGGCGGAUGGGCAGUCAGAAUGCGGAAGCAUGCACAUCUCUGGGUCAGAACUUCGGUAUGUGACUGGUGAGCACUGGGCGGCGAUUCUCGAUAGUAUCGCCGACCUUAAGGCUCACUGCGAUCGCGAAGAACAGCUCGAUCCGGUCGAUACGCACAAUGAGAAAGGUAAUGAUUCUAAUGCGGAGCCUCCCUCCCCGCGCCCGUUGGUACUGUACGGAUGUCCCCGGGCAACAUCGCGCACUGAAAUCAUUGCGGCUCUCCCGCCCAAGUCUGCGGUGGACCGCUAUAUCUCACGGUAUUUUAACUACCUCGACCUUGUUGCUUCAGCCGCGGUCCACGGCCCGAGCUUUCUUCGAGAAUACGAGGCCUUCUGGGCUAACCCACUGGAGGUCCCAAUUGCUUGGGUCGGGCUUUUGUUCAGCAUGAUGUGUCUCGCUGUGAUGGCCUCGGAUCCAGCAGAGGGCGAAGCCAACCGAUCGUUGCAGAUUGAUCUCUACCAUGAAAAGACAGUGCAAUGUCUUGUCAUAGGGGAGUACACCAAACCAGGUCCAUACGUUCUCGAGACAGUGAUUCAUUACCUGUACAUUGAAAUGGUGCACCAUCCGGAUGCGGAUCGUCACAUCUGGUUUCUGCUCUCAUUGGAAGUCAAUAUGGCUUUUCGCAUGGGCUACCAUCGCGAUCCAAGCCAUUUUCCCGGACUUUCUCCCUUGCAAGGCGAGAUGCGGCGCCGACUAUGGGCAACAGUGGUCAUGAGUGAUGUCCUUCUGUCCAGCCAAAUGGGCAUGCCACGCAUGAUCUCGGACUGGAAAUGUGACACUGCGGAGCCACGGAAUCUGCAUGAUAGCGACCUUGACGAAGAAACAGCUCAGACUCCCCCUUCGCGUCCGGAAACUGAGUACACAACCACACUGGGAAUCAUCGCCCGCAGCCGAAUGGUCUUGGCUUUGGGGAAGAUUGCCGACCUUGCGGACGCCGUCAAGCCAGUAACAUAUGCAGAAGUCAUGCAGGCAGACAGGGCUCUUCAGGAAGCGGUUACUACCAUUCCUCCGCCGUUGAGAAUGAAGGAAAUGGCAGCUAGUGUGACUGACUCGCCACAGCUUAUCAUGUCGCGACUUUUCCUUGAGCACAUGCUGUACAAGGGACAGAUCAUGUUACACCGCCGCUUUUUUGAAAUAGAACAAACAGACAAUUCGUUCGCAUAUUCCCAUACAACAUGUCUAGACGCGUGUUUGAGCAUGCUGCUUAUCCAGCAGGUGCUCGAUGAGGAGACCUGUCCUGGCGGGCAACUUCAGGAAAUGCGCUGGCGCAUAACUUCAAGUAUGAACCAUCAAUUCCUCACAGCGAUGAUGAUCUUAUGCUCGCUGGUGCACCGCGGGCGGAUGCUCGAUCGGACCGAGGAGAUCGUGACAGCGUUGCGUCGAACGAGGGCCAUUUGGAUGCGUCAAGCCUCCCGUUCCUGCGAGGCAAAGAGGGCGGCAGACGUGUUAAAUCUCACACUCGCAAGGGCUGUCGAAGGCACUAGUCAGAGUCAGGGUGCCGAGCGAAAUGUUAUGCCCUCCGUCCGAGACAAUUUCUCGCCUUCAAGCCAACGCAGUCACGAUUAUCUUUUCAGUGUGAAUUCCCUGGGCGGAGAUGCGACAUUGGAGGACUGGGUGCAGUCGUUUUUCUCGGAUACGCAGAACGUUGAUGCUUCCUUUUCUCUCUGA